ACUCCUUUUUCUUAGUAACCGUCAAAAACUGCUCACUCACACACAUCGUGCUCCAUCUUUUCUUUUUCUUUUAUAACUUUUCAAACCAUUCUUUUUUUCUCAUAUAUCUUUUUCACUCUCUCAUAUCAUUCACAUUACCUCUCUUUGGUUUCUUGAUCAUAUUAUGGCUAUUUUCAACUCAAGAAAGGGAGCAGUUUCAAGUUCAAAAGCCAUAGCUGAUGCAGCUUCAUGGUAUUGUGCUAUUCUUCUUGCAGAACUUAUACUUCUAACCAUAUUUAGAGACAGUUAUAUGAUUCCAAAUGAUCAUGAUUACAACAUCAUAGAAAGCAACCAUUUCUUGUUGUCCAAACCAUGCGACGAAAUCUAUGUGGUUGGUGAAGGUGAGACACUUAACACAAUUAGUGAUAAGUGUAAUGAUCCUUUUAUUGUUGAGAAUAAUCCUCAUAUUCAUGACCCUGAUGAUGUCUUCCCUGGUCUUGUUAUCAAGAUUACACCUAAUUCACAUCAUACCUAGAAUUUAUUAUUGUUCUAUGUUUUGUGUAAUUUCUACAUAUUAUUGUUAGAAAAGAAACAUUUAAUCUUCAAUUUAUAGUCAUUGAUCAUCCAUCAUCCUUUUACAUUCUACCUUUAAAGAUUCUUGUAAUAGUUAUAGAAUUAUGUAAAUAUACAUAUGAGAACAUUGGAACUAUAUGUUUUAUAUCAA